AUGACAUUCCUUCGUUCAAAAACAUCCGCCAAAACCCUCCACGCAGGGCCCGGAAAAAUGGAGGAGGCCGGUGCCGGCGAGGAGACGGUGUGGGCCCUCUCCCCGGAAGCCCGACCCGUUGUUUCCUCGACCGGCUGGUGGGAAGGCAGCUCCCUGGCCGACCAAACGCGAAACCGGCUGCGCGCCACCCUCCUGCUCCCACGCUCCCGGGCCCUCCGCUCCGGCCUCAGCAGCCGCCAGCGCCGGGCCGAGGCCGUUGCCAGGGAGACGGGACUUGCAGUCCAAAGAGGGGCUCGGCCCCUUCCGCGCCCCACGCAUCUUCGCCGCCCGGCCCUCGCAGCCCCUCGGCCAGCGGAGGGGCGGAGGGGCGAAGGGGCAGAGGGGCGGCGGGGGGCCCCCCAACCCACCUGCGGGCCAGGGCAGCGACACCGGGGGGACAAAGACACCCGGAACCACCACAGCCGCUGCUGCCGCCGCCACCGGAAGCGCCUCUCCGGAAGCGCGACCACUGGUCGGAAGCUGCCACUCUCCCGGAUAUGGUCCCUCCCUCGUCUCCGCCGACCUCUCCCUUCCCCCACGCCGGCCUGCCAUCCCGCGGCAACUGGGGAGCGGAAGUGCGCCUUCCCGGAUCGGAUGCGCGUCAGGAAGUCGCGCCUCGGUAGUGUCCUCGCUAAAGAAUCCCAUCAGAAAAGAAGGCUUCGGAUCAUUGGUUCCGGGCUCAAAGGAAGCGGGAGCCGGGCCCCCCAAACACAAAGGACCCCCGACUGCCUACCACGCCCGUCUCCCUCUGGCAGUCGAGACUGCAACAGAUAAGGAAACCAGCCCCUCCUGACUGGAGGAGAAGGAUGCCUAUCAGUGACCAUUUCUAAGAGACAUUCCUGGUCUGACUCAAGCCAGUGACCCCCAUGCCUAGCCAGUCAGGAAUCAGUGCCCUAAUUCUCAAAUAUGAAAUCUAAGAGGCCUCAAUGAAAUGACCUGCUCAAAAUCUUGCCAGGAGACUGGCCAUUUUAGUCACCAUUAGCAAUCCCAGCCCCCCCCUAUCCUUCGACGUCCCCAUCAUCCCUCCAGCCUUACUUUCCCCUUUCCUAUUCACUUGACGUUUACAAAGCACUUUGAGGCGGUUUAAUCUCACUUUAUCCUCAUAACAAGUCUGUGAGGUAGAUAGGGCAGGCAUCAUUAUUCCCAGCGGGAAGCUGUGGCUCAGAAAGGUUGACUUAGGGUCUAAAAACUAGUACAGGCAUCUGGUUUGAAUUAGGACCUGUAAACGCUAGUACGGAGCAGAGAAGCUGAGCACUGGCUUUGAAAGUUAUUCAGUUCCCAGGUUGUCCCUGAUCUUCCUCAUUCCUUGUGCAGUCUUCAGGAGUCCAGGGCAAGAUUCCAUGCAGAGGCAGCCAAAGCCACACCGUUCUCUGUCCCAGGGCUGCCAGCAUGGCUCUGAGGAGGAAAGCUCAGUAACUGCCCACUGGAGAAUAAAGGUCAGUUCCAUCCUUCUGCAGUGACCUCCCCCAGAAUAUCAACCCUUUGGAUGCAUUAUUUCAGAAGAGAUGGUUGGAUCCAGCCAGCUUGCAACACUGACAGUCACACAGAGAUAUGCAUACCAUUGCGCAUAAAUACACAUCUGCAACAUGCUGGGCCCAGACAGGUCACCAUGCCAAAAACACUCCACGGACACCUGAUAAUGAGUGAGUUCACAUUGUGGAAGCCCAGGGAUUUCUGGUGAGGAGGAAGAGCCCUGGAGCUGCUGCAUCUUGGGGGCCUCUCAAGAAACCAAGGCUCCUGACCAGACUGCUUAGAAGAGAAAGAUUCAGCCCUCGACUCAAGAGAGGAGGGCAGGCGUCAGCAGCUUUUCCUGGCAAUGUGGAGAAGCAGCAAGAGGGCAAAGGGCGAGGAAGACUUCACAGCAAGUCCCCUCCACCCAGGGUCACCAGGUGCACCGAGAGGUCUCAGCCUACAGAAAGGUUUUUUGCUCGUUGCUUCUUAACCACUAAUGACGGCAUAAAGGUCUUCCGGUGGGGGCGGCACUGAGGCCUUUCAGGGAGGUCCCUGGACUCGAUCCUGUGGAAUGAAAAGAAGACAUUAGGCUAGAAGGAGGAAAUAAAACUAACAAUGGCCCUAGAGUUGAGAGAACAUGAUGUAUCUACUGGUGGGUAGCUGGGUGUGGGUGUGGCCUGGGGCUGUUAAAUGACUUGGUAUUUCUUCCUCCUGGAGAACUAUUCAGUACAAGCCCCGAGGCAUGAUGGCCUUCACCCACUGUGAAAUCCUUUGUGCUCCACCUUGCUCUCCCCACAAACCUGGAAGGUGGCCUAAAUGUCAGCAUUGAGGGUGAGGGGUUGCUGAGCUAGGGUAGGCAGAUUUCCCACAUUCUGGUCCUAGCUGUCACUGACUCACCGUGCGGCUUUGGAAAAGCAACUACCCCCAACCCCACCCAGAACCCAGCCUCCUUAUCUGUAAAUGGGGUGUUUUAACUUCUGUUUCUUCUAGCAGCCCCUCCCAGACUGCCUCUCAAGUUUUGCGGGGACAAUAAUGACAACUGGCAUGACAA